GCGGGGCGGCGCGGGGCGGCGCGGGGGCUGCCGGGAGGAGUGGCGGCGGCGGCGGGGCCGGGCCGGACCGGACCGGAGCGGAGCGGAGAGAUGCAGAAAUAUGAGAAGCUAGAGAAGAUCGGGGAAGGCACCUACGGGACUGUGUUCAAGGCCAAGAACCGGGAGACGCACGAGAUCGUGGCGCUGAAGCGGGUGCGGCUGGACGAUGACGAUGAGGGUGUCCCCAGCUCGGCGCUGCGGGAGAUCUGCCUGCUCAAGGAGCUGAAGCACAAGAACAUCGUCAGGCUCCACGACGUUCUGCACAGCGACAAGAAGCUGACUCUGGUCUUCGAGUUCUGCGACCAGGACCUGAAGAAGUACUUCGACAGCUGCAACGGGGACCUGGACCCAGAGAUCGUCAAGUCCUUCAUGUACCAGCUGCUGAAGGGCCUCGCGUUCUGCCACAGCCGCAACGUCCUGCACCGAGACCUCAAGCCCCAGAACCUGCUCAUCAACAGGAACGGGGAGCUCAAGCUGGCUGACUUUGGCUUGGCCCGGGCCUUUGGCAUCCCUGUGCGCUGUUACUCGGCAGAGGUUGUCACGCUGUGGUACCGGCCCCCAGAUGUGCUCUUCGGCGCCAAGCUCUACUCCACCUCCAUCGAUAUGUGGUCAGCUGGCUGCAUCUUCGCAGAGCUGGCCAACGCGGGGCGGCCCCUGUUCCCAGGGAAUGAUGUGGAUGACCAGCUGAAGAGAAUUUUCCGGUUGCUGGGAACCCCCACAGAGGAGCAGUGGCCAGCCAUGGCCAAGCUGCCAGACUACAAGCCCUACCCCAUGUACCCCGCCACCACCUCCCUGGUCAACGUGGUGCCCAAGCUAAACGCCACCGGCCGGGACCUGCUGCAGAACCUGCUGAAGUGCAACCCGGUGCAGCGGAUAUCGGCGGAGGAGGCUCUCCAGCACCCCUACUUCACAGACUUCUGCCCCCCCUAGGGACACCCCUGGCACUGGCCCAGCCCCCGUGCUGAGCUGGAGGGGCAGCACCCCAGCUCUGGGCAUGCUUCUGGCAGUGGUGGGAAGGGCAGUGGCGGGGUGUGUGAGGUGAGGACCCCAGCCCCACAGCCCCCCGCCUCCAGUAUUUAUUAGGUUUUUUAACCCAGUGCUGCCCCAGUUCUGCCCUGGCUGCUGGGUGCUAGCACAGCCCCUCCUGUCCCUCACCCUCCCAGCCCCAUAGUGGGGCCAGGAGCGCUUGGAGCCCUCCCCGGUGACAUGGGGCCAUGGUGCUGGUGGAGGGGCAGGACCCUCCCAGGACCAGGUGCAGGGACCUUGGUGGGGUGGGUGGGACCCCCCCACCCCUCCUUUCCCUGCUGCACCCCGGCCCCUUCCCUGGCAGGAGAGGGGGUCCCGGGCACCAGCCUCAGGGCUGGGGGGGGACCUUGUUUUUUUUCUACCGUGCUGCUGUACGUGGGUGAUCAUGCGUGUUUGUUACCUCCAUAAAGAGCUUCCCUCUCCCCAG